UAUAAUAAAUAUUUGGAGGAGCAGAGAGUAACAACAACCAUACAAACAUGACUCUGGUCGCCAAUUUGCAACUCAACAUCCUUCCGCAACGGCCGAGAAGCAGCAGCACCUGCACCACCAAGCUCGUGUGUUCAUUGAAAGACCCAACAACACAACAUCUAUCCUCUUCUUCUACUACAAUCUCACUAUUACCAAAGCUAAUAUCCUUCGCUCUUGCCCUAUCUCUCAACUCCUCAUCUGCCCCUGCCUUAGCCAUUCCUUCUCUCUCCUCUUCUCAGCCUCUCACUACUCCUUUCACCCAAUCCAAGUUCGUCCAGACCGGUCUCCUCAAUGGCAAAAUCAGACCUUGCCCUUCCACAAACCCAGGAUGUGUAUCAACAAAUCCCACCUCAUCUUCCUUUACAUUUCCAUUGACAAUCCCAGAAACUGAUAAACAGGAUCCAAUCCAGAGACUGAAGGAAGCAAUAGCCAAAACCCAGAACAAUCCCAAGUUUGUUGUUAUUGAAGAUAAACCAGAAGGGAGGUAUUUGGAGGCGGAGGUAGAAGGAGGAGGAUUUAACCAGAGCAGAGAUGUGAUGGAGUUUUUGGUGAAGGGAGAUGUGGUUGCUUACAGGUGUAUGGCUACUAAGGUUACCUUUGUUUAUCCUUUCACAACUGCUUUUGGAGACUCGAAGGGACAAGAGGAGAGGAUGAAGAAGCUCGUCGAUGAGCUGGGUUGGUAUGCUCCUACCUUUGACAUGGAGGAAUCUACUCUUAAUGCCUUCCCUUAUAACAAUUAGAUGCUGCUCCUUUUUUUUUUAAUUCAUCACUUUACAAGUCGAUACUGGGAGACGGUAUGAGUUUCUUUUAAGGAUCAAAGAAAAACUAUGAAUGAGAGCCUAUACAAUUGAUGAGCUAGAUGAUGUUUGUUACACGAACUUCUAACUGUUAUUUUUAGCAUUGAAAAAGAAUGUGGUACAGUUCUCAA